UAGGAUUACAGGCGUGAGCCACAGCGCCCGGCCAAGCUUUGCGUUUUGAUGCAGCUGCUUUGAGUGUCACAGGCCGGAGAGUUCUGGAAGAAAUAGAAUCUGAACCCGGGAAAACCGUUAAGGAAACUCCGUCUCUAACUGCGUUUUAGGGUCUACUGGGCAGGGCCACCGUGCACUGCCAGAUUUUGGCUUUUCAUAGCCAGGUGUGUUCUAUAGCUCAUGCCUCUUGCACUCUUUGAUGGAGCUGUGCUUUUUUUUUUUUUUUUUUAAGUUUCUCCCUGCCAGCCGGCGCUGUUUCAUUUCCCCUCUGGCUUCCUCCUCUCUGUCAUCAAAACCCCCCAGCUGCCUCUUUUACCCGACAAACCGCAGCAGAAAUAAGUGCAAAGAAAACAAGUCGGCAGCCACCUGCUACCCGAGAAGAAGCACCCAGGUUCCUAAUGGAUCGGAUGCAUUCCAGGACAGCUGUCGCACUGGGACGUUUGGAAGGGUGCACCUGGUGAAGGAGAAGACCACCGAGCAUUUCUUUGCGCUCAAGGUGAUGAGCAUUCCCGACGUCAUCCGCUUGAAGCAGGAGCAGCAUGUGCACAAUGAGAAGUCCGUCCUGAAGGAAGUCAACCACCCCUUCCUCAUCAGGCUGUUCUGGACUGGCCACGACGAGCGGUUCCUGUACAUGCUGAUGGAGUUCGUGCCGGGCGGCGAGCUCUUCAGCUACCUGCGGAACAGGGGCCGCUUCACGGCGGCCACCGGGCUCUUCUACUCCGCGGAGAUCGUCUGCGCCAUCGAGUACCUGCACUCCAAGGAGAUCGUCUACAGGGACCUGAAGCCGGAGAACAUCCUGCUGGACAGAGAGGGCCACAUCAAGCUCACGGACUUCGGGUUCGCCAAGAAACUGGUGGACAGGACGUGGACCCUCUGCGGAACGCCCGAGUACCUGGCCCCGGAAGUCAUCCAGAGCAAGGGCCACGGAAGGGCCGUGGACUGGUGGGCCCUCGGCAUCCUGAUAUUCGAGAUGCUCUCGGGGUUCCCUCCGUUUUUUGAUGACAACCCAUUUGGCAUCUACCAGAAAAUUCUUGGAGGCAAAAUAGAUUUCCCCAGACAUCUGGACUUCAGUGUGAAAGACCUCAUUAAGAAACUGCUCGUUGUGGACAGGACCAAGCGGCUGGGAAACAUGAAGGCGUCCUUGGAGUUGCAUGAACACAGCUGUGUGCACCUUGACCCUGGACAUUGCAAUGCGGAGAGACCCAGGCAACCAGUGUGGGAGGCUAGAGCCACGUAGAUCUCUCAGGGCCCCCUGUGUGUGUCUGUAGGGGUUUCUUGUGGCUGCCAUAAGAAACUUAGGAAGUUAAAGCAACAGAGAGUCACCCUCUCCCAGUCCCGGAGCCCAGGAGUGUGGGACGCGGGAAUCUCAAGGCCGCGCUCCCUCCAUGGGCUCCAGGGGAGGCUCCUUCCCGCCUCUCCCGGCUCCCGGGGGCUCCAGGCGUCCCUGGGCUUGUGGCCGCAGCCUCACUCCCGUCUCUGCCUCCUCCGUCUGCCUCCACGUGGCUUCUCCUCCGCGUGUGCGUCUCCUCUGCCGUCUCUCACGAGGACACUUAUCAUUGCAUUUAGGGCCCUCCCUAGCGACUUCAUCUCCAAAUGGUAGUCAUUUAUCUUUAUCAAGUAUUAUGUACGGUACACAGUUGUGUGCGUGUACUUUUAUACAGCUGGCCGUGCAGUAGGUUUGUGUACACCAGCACCAUCACAGACACAUGAGGUAUGUGUUGCGCUAAGAUGCUAUGAUGUCUACAUGUCACUAGGCAAUAAGAAUUUUCCAGGUUCAUCAUAAUCGUGUUGGACCAUCGUUAUAUAGGCAGUGCAUUGUUGGCUGAAACACUGUUAUGUGGUGCAUGACUGUGUACACGCAAAUACACACACACACAGGCAUCAUAUCCUAUAUAUAUUUGUAGCAGAUAAAAUUCUAAUUUGGAUGCUGUGUAUGUACGUAUUUACUUUAUAUAUACAGUAAAAAAAGUAUGUGCGUAUACAGUAUAUAAAGUGUGUAUGUGUAUGUGUGUAUAUAUACAUACACGCACAAUAUCCAAACUAGUAUUAUACUACAACUUAUAUACUGUAUAUGCAAAAUAUAUAAAGAAUCUAGAUGUGUGUGUACAUAUAUAAAUACAUGUAUAUGAGUGUAUAAACAUGCACAUCCCUUAAUAUAAAAAGUAUACUUAGUGUAAUUGUAUCACUUAGCAUAAAAAGUGUGUGUAUAUACCGUAUAAAAAGGGUUUAUAUAAAGUAUAUAUACACAUACACACACAGGAU